GGAGGAGGGACAGGAGGAGGAGGCAGGGGCCGCUGCUCCCCGCCUGGGUCCCUGCAACUUUCCCCCCGGCCCUAAACGCCCCCCCUGCCCCGGCCUGACGCCCCUCAGGGGGAAGGGUCACCCCAGGGGCGGGGGGGUCCCCGCCUUCUUCCUCAGGAGAGAAAGGAGAGCUCCAACCCUGGGAGGAGGAGGAGGAGAAGAAGGAGCAGCAGCCCCCAGGGCGGGCUGGAGCCUGGGUGCUGGGGGGAGGGGGGCUAGCCAAGGGAAUUCCUCCCACCCCCCACACCCCGAUUUCACCCCCAGCUGGGGACAGCAGGCAAGGCCGGAGGCUCCAGGGGGGCAAGGGCCGGGCGAGCCGGGACACGGAGAGAGCCGGGCCAUAGCCUUCCGACUCCCCCAGAGCAUCCCGGCUCCCCCCGGGGAGGAGGGCAGAGAGGGCCGGUGCCCCUCCAGGACCCAGGCGCUCUGGCCCCCCAGCCCCUUCCCGACUCUCCUCCGAACACACCAAAACUUUCUGGUGACCCGCUUGGUGGGGGCAGAGGGAGGGAAGACAGGAGCGACCGUCCUGUGGUGCUCCCCUCCCGUCCCCUCCGGUUGCCCUCCGGCCUCGCUCAGGACCCCUCCUGCCUUUCUCGGGGUGACCUCUCCGGGGGCAUCUGGGGUGAGCCUCGCGGCUCCCGGAAGGACUAACUGCCAGCUCACCUCCCUGGGCCAGGAGCGGCGGCGGCAGUGGCGGCGGCGGGCAGGCCGGCCAGGCGAUGCCCUCGGUGAUGGAGAAGCCGGGCUCCGGCUCGGGGAUCCUGUCCCGGAGCAGGGCCAAGACGGCUCCCAACGGCGGCCAGCCCCACUCGGAGGAUGACAGCAGCGAGGAGGAGCACUCCCAUGACAGUAUGAUCCGGGUUGGAACCAACUACCAGGCGGUGAUUCCUGAGUGCAAGCCAGAGAGCCCAGCUCGCUACAGCAACAAGGAGCUGAAGGGGAUGCUGGUCUGGUCCCCCAACCACUGUGUAUCCGAUGCCAAACUGGACAAGUACAUUGCCAUGGCCAAGGAGAAGCAUGGCUACAACAUUGAGCAGGCGCUGGGCAUGUUGCUGUGGCACAAGCACGAUGUGGAGAAGUCUCUGGCCGACCUCGCCAACUUCACCCCCUUCCCGGACGAGUGGACGGUGGAGGACAAGGUGCUGUUCGAGCAGGCGUUCGGCUUCCACGGGAAGUGCUUUCAGCGCAUCCAGCAGAUGCUCCCAGAUAAGCUGAUCCCCAGCCUGGUGAAGUACUAUUACUCCUGGAAGAAGACCCGGAGCCGCACCAGUGUGAUGGACAGGCAGGCCCGGAGGUUGGGCGGCCGCAAGGAGCGGGAUGACAGCGAUGAGGUGGAGGAGAGCAGAGGAGCUGUUAGCGAGGGAGAACCGGAUGGCGGGGAUCCCAAGAGAGAGCAACUGCCCCCGCCGCGACCCCUGAGCUCCCGGCCCGGCCCUGGCAAGAAAGAGGCCCAGUUGUCCCAGUACCGGCACCACCCUCUGCGCACCCGCCGCCGCCCCCCCAAGGGCAUGUACCUGAGCCCCGAGGGCAUCGCCGCUGUCUCCGGCAGCCCCGACCUCGCCAGCCUCACCCUGCGGGGCCUCGACUCCCAGCUCAUCGCCCUGAAGCGCCAGGUGCAGAGCAUGAAGCAGACCAACAGCAGCCUGCGCCAGGUCUUGGAGGGUGGAAUCGACCCCCUGCGGCCCCCCGAGGCCAACACCAAGUUCAACUCCCGCUGGACCACGGACGAGCAGCUCCUGGCCGUGCAAGCCAUCCGCCGUUACGGGAAGGAUUUCGGGGCCAUUGCCGAAGUGAUCGGAAACAAGACCCUGGCCCAGGUGAAGACUUUCUUUGUGAGUUACCGGCGCCGCUUCAACCUGGAGGAGGUGUUGCAGGAGUGGGAGGCGGAGCAGGACGGGUCCCCCGGAGAGGAGGCCCGCAGGGGAGCCCCCGCCCCCCCGCCCCCGAGCGAAGAGGACGACGAGGUCCAGAUCACGUCGGUGUCCUGCCUGGCGCCGGCGGCACCCGCCCUGCCUCCGGCCCCGCCGCCCCCGGCAUCCCUGUCCCAGCCCCCUCCGCUCCUGCGCCCAUCGCUCCCCACGGCCCCCACCCUCCUGCGCCAGCCGCCUCCCCUGCAGCAGGGCCGCUUCCUGCAGCCGCGGCUGGCCCCCAACCAGCCCCCGCCCCCCCUCAUCCGUCCUGCCCUCGCCGCUUCCCGGCACAACACCCGGGGCGGCCCCCAGCCCCCGCCCGCGUUGCUGGGCGGCCCGCCUGAGCCCCCGCCCCCCUCACUCUGAGCUCCGGGGAGCGGGAAGGGUACCCCGCCGCGUAGGUGGGCGCUGCCGGCAUCAGCGAGGACGGCUGCCACCCGGCUCCCGCGCCGGGCCGCGGCUCUGGGGAUCGGCCCGGCCUCGACGCCGGGAGACGCGUGGGCGGCGUCGGACUUAGGGUGCCGGACAGCCGGGACCCCCACCCCUGGACAGCCUGCACCCUCCCUGCUCGGAACCGUCCGGGAAACGGCGUCCCGGGCCCCGCGCGCCGGGCCUCGGCCCUGGGGCUCGGACCUGGAACGGGCUCCCCCCCCCCCCAGCUGAACAUUUUCUCUGGGAUUUUCCACUUUGCUCCGGGGCUUCAUCCCUCCCCAGUAGUGGGUGUUAGUGACAGUAGCAUAAAGGGGGUAAGGUAAGGCAAGGCAAGGUAGGGGAGCGGGAGGAGGGUUGUAGGAAAGGGGAAGGGAGA